AUGACAAGUGUCAAACUCGUGUCGCUGUUGUAUACAAAACCAAACCGAGCCAAGCUAAUAUAUUAUUUAUUUCCGAGAAACUUUUCGUUUUAUGCUCUCGCCUCUUUUUCGAAAGAGUCUCGUUUUGCUGCUUUGGUGUCUCGCCAUGCAGCGCGCGGGUGGGAGCAGGGCCUGUGCGCCAUGAGCCACACUCCUAUAGGCGGCCACCCGCAAGGUUGGGAGCACAAACUUGCAGACAGGUCGUCGCUGCCACCAGCUUCAGGGGAGGAGAAGAGCAAAUCUCAGUCCAAACAUGUGUUCACACACCCACACCUGUCUAAGAUGGGAGCGGCGGCGUGGCGCGAGGAGACGGAGGGCUCGUCGGGGUCCUCGCCGCGCUCGCCCACCUCGCCGCCCUACAUGCGCUGGGCGCGCAGUCUGCACGAACUGCUCGAGGACGCAGAGGGCGUGCGUCUGUUCCGCAAGUUCGUGGGCGGCGCGGGCGGCCCGCACGUGGACCGGCUCAACUUCUACUUCGCCGUGCAGGGCCUGCGCCAGGAGACCGAGCCCGCCAAGAUACGCCAGGUCGUCUCCGCUAUAUACAAAUUCCUGCGCAAGUCACAGCUAGCGAUGCCCGACGAGCUGAAGCAGCGCGUGAAGCAGGGCCUCAAGGACGGCUCCAACAUCGAGAAGACGAUCUUCGAUAUCAUGGAGCAGGAGGUGACGCUGGCGAUCACGGAGACGACGUACCAGGCGUUCCUGCGCUCGGAGGCGUACGUGUCGUACGUGGGCGCGGCCACGCAGCCGCUCUCCUCGCCCGACACCGAGCCGCACCACCGCGACGUCGCCUCGGUGGGGUGUGGGCUUGCGACGCUGCACGAGGAGCAGGAGCUGAGCGCGGGGGGUGCGGGGGGCGCGGGCGGUGCAGCGUGUGUGGGGGGGCGUUGGGGGCGCGCCCGCACGCCUCACGCACGACGCGCUGCUGGCCACGCAGUCGCGCCGGCUGCACUCCGAUGUCGCGCCGUGAGUACACAUGCACACACGCGCACUGCACGCACACAAGCUCAAGCGACACGCAAUAGCAGGCACCGCAAGCGGUCGGUGUACAGCGCGCACGUGUCGUACGCCGGCUACUGCCCCGCGUCGCGCCAGGACUCGGAGCGCGCCAGCCUCAGCAGCGGCCGCACCGACAGCGACGCAGUCUCGCUGUCCGGCAGCAGUGUUGACGGCAUGUCGUUGCGAGUUCGAGAACCUCGCGAGUCACGCCAUAGACCACGGUUCCACGGACUCGACCGCCACGCCGUCAUCAACAAGGAGCAGGACACUGCUAUGGUGAUCCCGCGUACCCAACGAGUACAGUCGGAACAGUUGCGAGUACUGCCGCCGCAGGAGUUCGCCGCACUGCUCACCGAGAAGUUAGAACGUGUGCGCCGCGACAUUGACGCCAAGGAGCGCCUCGAACGGAGACUCGCUGAGGGUGAUGGUGAAGACGCGUCCACUCAGGCUUUGCCACCGCAGCUAGUAGCGGCUGCUAUCCGGGAAAAACUCCAACUGGAUGACGACAAUGACCAAGAUAUCCUUGACCAGCAUGUGUCGCGCGUGUGGUCGGAGCGCACGCCGGGAGCGUCGCCGCCAGGUGGGCGGCGUGCCCGCGGCCGCCACGCGCCACACGCGGCGCACGUCGGCCACGCCGCACACGCGGGCCACGCCGGCCGGCGCGCCGCGUCCGCGCUGUCGGCCGACUCGGGCCACUACGACGCGCCCGAGGGCCUACACCAUCCGCACUCGCUCACGCGCAGAUCGUUCUCUAAGAAGACGGCGACGGAGCUGACGGACAGCGGCGUGUCGGUGGUGAGCGAGGGCACGGCGAGCGCAGCCAGCGGCGUGGAGCCGCGCAUCCUGCUGUGGAUCGCCGAGGGCUCGGAGCGGCUGGAGCGCCUGGAGCGGGCAGAGCGCGGCGAGCGCAGCGAGCGGCGCCACCGUGACCUGUCCUCGCGCGCCUCCAGCGCCGAGCGCGAUGAGCCGCGCCGCCGCGACCGCGCCAUGCAGCGCCCACGUGGAGGAGGCGGCAAGACCGCGGGUGUUGUGGGGGGCGCGGGUGAGCACACGGUGGUGGUGGUGAGCUUCCUGGACGAGAGCGUGCCCUACCGCUUCAAGGUGCCCUCUGUGCCGCUCACGCUCAAGACCUUCAAGGAAUAUUUGCCCAGAAAAGGAAAUUACAGAUAUUUCUUUAAAACGGAGUGUGCUGAUUUGGACAACACCGUCAUACAGGAGGAAGUGAGUAAUGAUAACGACACGCUGCCCAUGUACGAAGGCAAAGUGAUGGCUCGCCUCAAAAACAUAGAGUGA